GGGGGGCGGAUGCGGAUAGGGGCGAGCGGGGGUUGCGGGCGGGUUCGCUCCGCUCCUGCCCUUGAGCGAGUCGGGGCUCGGAGGCGGCCCCCGGGCGCUGUCCCCGCUGCCCGGCCGCCUCUCCUUGGCAGCGCGGGAGGCUCCGACCCGGUCCUUCCCGGAGGCGCGGGCCGCGGUACCGACCCCUCGCUCUGCGCCACCUGUUCCUCCGGAAGCUGUUGCGGCAGGGCCGAGCGAGGAGUGGGUGACCCUUCUCCAGGGUGACCCUUGCUCCUCCGCUGCACCCGAGCGUCCCGGCGGCGGGAGCCUUUGCCCCGGCGGUGGAAGGGAGCGGGUGACCAUGGCCGAGUUCACACGGCAGCGGGGCAAGCGGCAGGAGGACAACGGGCUGGGCAGUGUCCUCGACCUCCUGUUGGCCAACGCCAGGCUGGUGCUGGGUGUCACCGGUGCGGCUGUGCUGGCCAUCGCCACCCUGGCCGUGAAGCGGCUGAUAGACCGAGCCACCAGCCCUCGUGAUGAGGGCGAUCCCAAAGCUGAGCAGAAGACCCUGGAGGAGAGCUGGCCGGAGUUGGCCUUGAUCAAGGCGACCCCAAACCCCCCCCCGAAGCAGAGAAGGGAAGAUCUCAGCGAGCCGCUGCUCUCUCCGGCUCGUCCGCCGGUGCCAGGGCCCAGGGUCUGCCCUGCCCCACCAGAGACCCCUCGUCUGGAGUCCAGCCCUCCACGCUGCCUCACGCUGCAGGAGAAGCUCCUCUCCCACUACAGCAACCAUCUGUCUGUGCCCGAGGCACAAGCAUGCCUUGUCCUGCAGCUGGCCAGGAGCAUCUGUGCCCAACUGCAGAACUUCCUUCGGAACAAGUGCCCGGAGCUGCCCUUCGGCAGCCUCUUCCUCAGUGGUCCCCUGCUCGACGGCCUCAGGGCUCUCACAGCCGACCACGUCCACCUCAUGCUGCCCGUGGUCCUCGACACCGCGCUCUGGAGCCUCAUCCCAGGAGAGGACACGGUGGUGAGGAACCCCCAGUACUGGAUGAUCAAGAGGACUGAUCUGGAGUAUUUCCCUCGUGGGUGCAGCCCCUGGGACAGGUUCAUCGUGGGCCGGUACUUCUCCUCCAACAUGCUCAACGAGACACUCCACAAGCUGCUAGUGGCCUCCAUCAACUGGCCGGCCAUCGGCAGCCUGCUGGGGAGCGUCAUCCACCCUGUGGUGGCCUCCCAGGAGCUGAAGCUGGAAGUCAAACAUGAUCAGGUCGAGCUGAGCAUCACCCUCUUCCCAGUGGUGGAAAUGGAGGACAAGAUUCUUCUGGCUGCUCCUCCUGAAGGACUGGUAGAAAACCUCUGGCUUGAGAGCUUUUACAGGGCGGAGGUCUCAGCGCUGAAGGAGCUGGAUGCUGGUGACUCGGGCGUUCGGCAGUGCUGCCUCUGCAUCCUGAACAACAUCUGCAAGACUUAUCCCGCCCUGCACAAACUCGCUGGUAGCCCCUUGACCCAUGUCAUCCUUCACCUCAGUGCUGCCAGCACGGACUGGGCAGAAGAAGACCUUGCUGACAGGUUCCAGCAGGUGCUUGAGGAGCUGGUGGGUUACCUGGAGAGAGGGGUCCUGCCUUCCUAUUUCAACCACAAAAUCAACCUGUUCUGUGAGCUGUCGGAGGAGGAAAUCGAUGAGAUGGGCUUCAUGCUCUACAGGGCCGUAUCUGAGCCGGAGCUCCUGCUGACGGAGAAAUGACAGGUGCAUCGGGAGCUCCCAAACGUAGGGUGUUCCUCACCCAUCUGCUGCUCCCCGCUGCGAGGGCUGUGAUGCUUCUAGUUGACUGGUCAGUAAGAGGCGAAGUUUUUGCACUUUAUGAGAAAAACAAAACAAAACAAACUAUUUUCUGUCUGAAUAAAACAGACAGAGCAGAGGCGGAUGGUGGCGUGAGGAGCCUUUCCCCGGGAGGCUCUGCGCAGCCCACGCCUCGAGUACCUGCAGGUGAGUCCUGUCUGCUGGGAGCCGAUGAGGAGCAUGUUUGGUGUCUGUUUCCCAGUGUUCCCUGCCUGUCCCAGCUCUGGGGCUCCCCUCGCGCUCCGAGACCAGACGGAGCUGACAGGAGCAGGUUCUUGCUGUGUCCUGCAGCCCCCAUGGGCUGCGGUGUCCCCUUGGGCGCUUGGUGUCACUGUGCCAUGGCCUCAGCUGGCAUUUGGGACGGGGUGGGAGCCUCAUUGUCUGCAGGACAUUGCCCAAGCGAUGACCUGGGGGGUUGUCUGGGCACUUGGAGGUACAGCCAUAGCAAACGGGCUGGCGGGUUAUUCUUUGGAAACCUCUUCAGCUGCGAAAGGGGCAAGCUCAGCCCUACCUUUGUGUUCUGCCCGAAUCGGCUCUGCCUUGAGGAAGGGAUGCGUGUCCAGCGCAGUGACAGGGCUUCCUGGCCCUUGUCCCACCAUGCGGUUUUGCUGGAAGGUGUCCCAAAACAGGCGGUACCAGGAGGAUUGUGCCCAACCCCCAGGAAGCUCCUGGUGUGGGUCCCUCAGGGGAGGCUGCAGUGGGGCUGCGUGUCCCCUCCCCUGCAGGCGGGACACUGCCAGUGUCCCUCUGUGGUACUGGCUGCUCUGCAAUGAUCCACAUGUCCCCAUCCAGCCUGUCCAGUGACCUUUUCACAAGUAUUGCUGCUGUCUGGGGGUCCUGUUCCCCCAGAGCCCCGUCAUACGGGGCAGGAAUGAUGCUCUGAGCAGAGUGCUCGCAUGAACUGAAGCGGUUUGUGCUUUUUAUUCAGAAGGUAUGUUUUGUUUGUGUAUUUUGUCUUGGUUUUUUUCCUUUGAGUGGCUGCUAGUAGGCUUUGGUUCUGGCUGUAGUCCCAAGGCGAAGGAAUAUAUUAUUGUAUUUAAUGGGAAGAGUUGUUUUUGCACACUGGUGGAGAUGGAGAAGUCCUGCGGGCUUCGAUGUGAGCAGCUGUUGUGGAUUAGUUUUAUUUACAGUUAUCAUCUUGUUUAUGGGAGGGGGAAAAAAAGUGCUUUUCCUCCCAGUCUGAAAUUACUUAAUUUGUUCCUCCAAACCACUUCCCAGGUGUCAGUGAUGAGAAUAAACCUUUCCUGUGCAUACUG